UGGCGCUCGGCCAUCCAGAAACAAACCACUUCGAUGACUCCUAAUAGUUAUCGCCAGAUGUACUAAUACACAACAAAUCACGGUCCGGGAGAGGGGGAGAGCAAAUGAGUUCCUAUUUCGUGAAUCCCACUUUCCCGGGGAGCCUGCCUGGGGGCCAGGACUCUUUCCUCGGGCAGAUCCCCCUUUACCCUGCGGGCUAUGAUGCUCUCAGGCAUUUUCCGGCUUCGUACGGGGCAAGCAGCCUGCAGGACAAGACUUACACCUCACCUUGUUUCUACCAACAGUCCAACACCGUCAUUGCUUGCAAUCGGGCUACCUAUGAUUACGGAGCCUCUUGUUUUUAUUCGGACAAGGAAAUUAGUAGCGCCUCUCCCUCCGGCAGUGGGAAACAGAGGGGGCCCGGGGACUACAUGCACUUUUCUCCUGAUCAACAGUACAAAUCCAGCGGCGUCCAAGCCAAAAUUGUAAAUGAGGAAGGCACCGACCGGAAGUACACGAGUCCUGUUUACCCCUGGAUGCAGCGGAUGAACUCCUGCGCUGGUACAGUAUAUGGAACUCAUGGGAGACGAGGGAGGCAAACUUACACCAGAUACCAAACGCUAGAGUUAGAGAAGGAAUUUCAUUUUAACAGAUACUUAACCCGAAGACGACGUAUUGAGAUUGCAAACGCUCUCUGCCUUACUGAACGCCAGAUUAAAAUAUGGUUUCAAAACAGGCGGAUGAAAUGGAAAAAGGAAAACAAAUUCAUAAAUUCCACACAGCCCAGCAGCGAAGAAACACAGGAAAAGUCAGGGGAGUAGAGCCUCGAGUAAUAAACACUACCAGGCCUUUCCUUGGCGCUUACUAUUUCUAUUAUUAUUUACCUUGUUCCUACUGGUACUAAAAUCCUAUAGGUUUGUCACAGUCUAUUAAUUCCCAAAAGGCUUGGUUAAAAGAUGUACAUUUGCAAUAAUAUGUUACUAUCUUUAAUAUAUGCGGAAGUCCUAGCUUUUGAGCUACAGGCAUGUAUGUAUAUAACCACCUAUUCAAAGAUUAGAUGGCAUUGCUUAUAGUAUUAGAGAAAUGGCCCAGAUUUCAUAUUUGAAGUAAGCAUCUGUGUGUGGGGUGAAUGUCCCUGGCGUGCCUGUGCGAGUAGACAUAAGAGAGUGAUUUUUUUUUUAAUUAGGAACGUGAAAUGUGGUAGAAAUAUGAGAGGUUUUUUUAAAAUCUUGAGUUUAUGUUUUUGUUGACUCCCGUUAUGUCGGGCUGUCUCGUUAUGCUGUAUUUGAAAACUUAGGGUCUGCAGGGGAGGAAAAAAAAAAGUUUUAUGCAUGUAUAAGAUAUUUAAAUAACAAAGAGAAGAAAAAUCCUUUUUAAAAAUCGUUGUAUAAGACGCUGGAUAUAAACUUGCAGUUAAAGCGAAUACGAAUUGCAGGGAGAUUUUUUUUUAAAUGCCGCUAAACUGCGUAAUCUGCACUACUAGUAUUUAAGCAAAAACUCGGCGUUAAACUUCAGGGGAAGCGAGGAAAGAGGUGUCGAAGCGGUCGAAUUUCUGUGGUUCCCGUUGAGCUUACACUGAGGUUUCGGUGAGCUCAGCUCUACACUGAAGGGGCUUUGAAUUAUGGACAUUUCUUGGGGCUUCGUGGGCUUGGGUCGAUCUUUCUUUAUUUCCUUCCACUUGAUUUUUUUUUUUUAAUGGAAAGAAAAGUGUCUAUCAUAUAAACUCGGGGUUCUUCUUCCCUGCAUUUGUAGUAUCUUUAUUCAGAUUAAUUCGUAUUUCUUAGUACUGAA